AUGACAAUGAUCAUAACAAAACAAUACCGAUGCAUACACUCUGCAAGCUGUAUAUGCACAAAAGGCCAUUUAAGUGAAGACGUAAUCUUCCUACUUCUCCAACAUCUAAAUUGGAACCCUAAAAUAAUCGCCACUCUCUCAUGCGUAUGCAAAUGGUUUGACGAUCUUGUGAAAAGAGUACUCUGGAAAGAAUUUUGCAGAACGCGGGCCCCCAAAAUGAUGCAUGAUCUUCAAUCAAGUGGGUCCCACAGUGUAGAUGGCAAUUGGAGUGCACUCGGGAAGCUUCUAAUCUAUUGUUCUGGAUGCAAAAAAGACGGCUUAUUCAACAAAAUCCAAAUCCCAGGACAUUUUGCACAUCGUACUAGGUUUUCAAGAACUUCCGGAAAGAGUUUUUUGUUGCCAAAUUGUAGGACGGAUGUUUUGUAUGUUUCCGACCCAUGUGAGCAUUUGGAUCAAGGAGAAGAAGGGGAUGUGGGGUUUUUCCGAGGGGUAUUUAAGUCAUUUGCCACUUCGAAAAGGUGUCGGAAUAGGAUUGAUGGAGAAGGGCAGAAUCGUCCAGUUACCAGGGGUGUUUGGAAUUUGGAUGUGCGUUUUGAAGUUUUCAAAGUGAUUAUUGAAGACUUCAAGAAUCAGAAUAAGGUUUACGAGUACUCCUCCUCUUACUUUUUUUGUUUGGAUUUUUCGCAACUCAAGACCUUUUUAGGAAAUAUGAACAAGUGUGAAGAGAAUAAAAGCUGGGAAAUUAUUCACAUCCCAGAUAAACCACCUUUCCCUCUCCACCAACAACCCACUGUUAAAGUUUAUGCUGCUGUAAUAGAUCCUAAACAUGCCAACACUCUUGUAAGGAAAUUAAAUAAGAUUCUACCAUUAGAAAACCUUCAUCAUGUCAAACGAAUUCGAAAACAAGACCUUGAUGAAGGAUGCAUACAUUUAUCAGUGAUCCUAUGUUUAGUUGGUGAAAGUGAAAGCCAAUUGGACAAUAUACCUCAAGAGGUUGUGGAGCUUAUAAAUUCCUAUAAGUUGGAAACUUUCAUUACAAAAGUAUGCAAAUAUGCUCCAUUAUCAAAAGAAGAAUGGAUAGAACAAUGCAAAAUAUGGCCAACAUCUUAUCAUCCACCAACCUACAAUAUAAGGGGCAUUACGGGGUUUUCAAAAGAGGAAUCUAACUCUGUUUGCACCUUCAUGAAACAAGCACUUGAUUUGGCAAAAUGUGAAUGCCAGAUGAUGAAUGCUGCUAUUAUCAUUGAUCCUUCAACCAAUCAGGUGAUUGCUGAAGCACGUGAUCAGCUACAAAACCCAAAUUCCAUUGAAAAUUCUUCAGUUAGAGAUAAACUUCUUUUUCAUGGCAAUGAACAUGCUGCAGAUCAUCUUGAUGAAACAAAUCCUUUGUUAAAGAAACAGAAGAUCAAAUCUAUCCAUGUAAAGAACGAAGAGGAGGUGGUCAACUCUCAGUCAAAUGGCAGACCGUAUCUAUGUACGGGUUAUGACAUUUAUCUUGUUUGGGAACCGUGCGCAAUGUGUGCGAUGGCGCUUGUUCAUCAAAGAGUGAAGAGUAUAUUCUACGCGUUCCCAAAUAAGAGUGAUGGUGCGCUUGGAAGUGUUCAUAGGUUACAAGGAGAGAAAAGCUUAAAUCAUCAUUAUGCUGUAUUUCGAGUUAUGUUGCCUCAAGAAUCCUUUGAUGAAUGUUUAAUGUAGAUUGUUUAUUUAGUUAUUUCAUUUGAUUGUUUUAUUU